GGAACGCACAGCCUCGGCCAAUCACGCAGCCGCAUAGGCAUCUGUGGCGUGGGUCCCUUUGUAACGUGUAACGUGAACUCCUCGUUCCUGAUCGACUGGACAAAAGAUAAAACACUUGAUUCCAGGACGUGUUUUUAUUGCUAUAAAACUCUAUUUUAAUAAAAUGUCAUCAGUGAAUACAUUUGAAAAUGUGAAAGCAGUGAUAUUAUCAGCUCAUAAGAGCACCACAUCAAGAGACAAGGUUGGCUUUUAUAACUCCUGGGCCGAGAACUAUGAUCAGGAUGUGGCUGUUUUGGACUACAAGGCUCCAGGUCUGGCAGCAAACACCAUCUCCUCUCAUUUCAGCAGUGACCGAGCAGCAGCUGUUGUGCUGGACGUGGCCUGUGGUACAGGACUGGUGGCCAAACAGAUGCAGACGCAUGGAUUUAGACAGUUUGUUGGUAUUGACGGAAGUGAGGCGAUGUUGAGACUGGCCAGAGAGAGCGGACUGUACCAGGACCUGAGGCAGUCCCUGCUGGGAGAAGGGCUGCUGCCUGUUCAAUGGGAUUCAUUUGAUGUAGUUGUGAUUGUUGGAGCGCUAAGUGUUGGAAAUGUUCCUGUUAAAGUCCUCAGGGACUUGUGUAAGGCUGCCAAACCAGGCGGCCACGUUUGCAUGACAACCAGAAGUAACCAUGACAAUCUGGAGUAUAAAGCUGCUCUGGAGCGUGAGAUGAAGCAGAUGGAGGUGGAUGAGCUCUGGAGAUGUGUUGAGGUCACCGAGGUGGAAGAGUGGGAGCGAGCCGUGUCAGCAGAGGAAGAUGGCUACAUAACUGGUGUCAUCUACAUCUACAGGAAACUCUAGCACCGUCCACAGUCAUGUCUGACAUACCCUAAGACUCUGAAGUCCAGUUUGUGUGGCUGCUCUUGAAGAUAAACUUAUUUGAGUCCAAAAGAUUCUGUGUAACAUGCAGCUUUGUUUAGGGGAUGGGUCAAAUGCUGAGAACAAAUUUCCCCAACUGGAAUUUUUCUUUCCUAUUACUCACGCCUCAGAAAUAUUCAUAAUAAAUAAAUGUAAUACAUGUA